ACUUCAAUUUUAUGUUACUACCUAAUGUCCCUAUUUGACCAAGUUUAUUAAAAAAGUCUAUUUUUCCAAAUAUAUAAUCUCUAUAUAUUUCUAACCUCCUUUAUUUUAUGUCCCAUAAUCUUUUCCAUACCAUUAAUCAUCUUCUUCUUUCUUUUUCAUCUUUUCUUCCAUGGAUAAUAAUCAAGAUUAUACGGGUAAUACCCGACCCACCCGAAAGGAACUCCUAGGCCCAAGACCAUCUCCAUUAAAAGUAAGAAAAGAUUCACAUAAGAUAAGAAAACCUCCUAUGGCGCCGUCGGCGGCGGCUCAGCCACAAGCUCCACCUCAGCCGCCACGUCAGCCGGUUAUUAUAUAUACCGUAUCUCCUAAGGUAAUUCAUACACACCCUAGUGAGUUCUUGAAUCUUGUACAACGUUUAACGGGUGCAGAUCAUGCCACGUCAUCAUCAUCAUCGGUUUCUUCACAAUAUCAUCAUAAUACGGCUCAUCACGUAAGUGGGGCCAUAUCGCCGGCGGCUAGACUAGCGAGUAUUGAAAUGACGAAAAUGCACUCCGAUGGGAAGAGGUUUGUAGGCCCUAGUGAGGGUAUGCAAAGAGAAAUAAAUAUUGGUGGCAAUACGGGUGGUGGUGGAAUCACAGGGGUAGAAAGAAUCGCGGUUUUAUCCCCGGGACCAGGUUCGCUACCCCAAAUAUCACCAAACUUGUUCUCCCCGUUGUUUCAAGAUCCUAGUUCUAACAUAAACCUACAACAUGACUUGAAUGUUGUACAACAUGGGAAUCGAAAUUUUACCGAGGGAAAUUACUUAUCUAGUCCGUUUUCGACAAAUUUUGUUUCUCCUGGUACCAUGAUCUCCCCUUCUUCUCUUGAAUUUUUACAUCGAAUUUUAGAUAAUUGAAUAAUUCAAUAAAAAUUAAUAUAAUUUUUAAAUAUGUAUUAUUUGUUUCAUUUUGAAUUUUUUUGUAUUUAUUUAUAUUUAAUUUUUACUAAAUAUAUAGUCAAUUGGAUAACAAUCAUUUGGUAAAAGAAUUACUACAAUGAAUCAAUAUCCCAUAAGCCAAAGACGAAAAAUAAUUUUCUCUUUUCACUUGUUGAUCGAUAUAUGAAAGUGUAGUUUUUGUUUUUAUCAAUUUGAUGAAUAUAAUAAAAGUCACAAGAACUAUGAUAUGUUCUUGGAUAGAACCCUAGACUAAAUUUUUUUUCAAUUCAUAAAUGUAUUGUAACAAUUUUGUAUAUUACCCAUUUAUAAGUAUUAUUGUUUUGUACAUAAUUAUUCAAACAAAAAUUAUUUUAAGGGGUUAACAUUUAUCUUAUAUAUCUUGAUUGUUUGAUAGUAGAGAAUUAUGUUUUGUCUCAAAUAAAAUGCAAAUAUUAAAUUAGAUUUUAAAUUCGAUUCUCAUAUAAUGAUCUCCACUCCCGCAUAUAUCCUGUAAUAAAAAGUUUAUUUGAUUGUCUUUUCACCAUCUCUGGCUCAUUUCUGAAUUAGUGUUGUAUUGAUUUAUUUAUGUCAACAUUGAUAUCAGGUCUAAAUUCAACUUGUGGGGUUGAGUACAAUCAGUAUAAAUAAAUGCAGUUAGUUACAAGAAAUUAGU